GGUGCUAUCUGUCAUUCAAGUCAAAAGCAUUGUGAGGAGUCCAGUGUAAAGACAUUGCUGGCAGCUUACUUGUGGUAGCCUUCGUUUAGUGUGUUUUCGGUGCUGCAGAAGCUUUUUGGAGCGCUAUUCUUAUGAUUUACACACAGAGCAGGAGGCGUCUCUUUACAUUUAGUUGUAUUAUCUGUGUUGAGAGGACGAUGCCUUUGAGGACCGGACUUUUUCUCCUGAUGGUGCUGAACGCAUCUGCAUAUGAACUGGAUCAAAACGAGUCUUAUUCGCCCAGGAGAGCACGCUUUUCCUCCAAUAGCCCUUCAGAUGUGGCACGCUGUCUCAACAGUGCCCUCCAAGUUGGCUGCGGAGCCUUCGCCUGCCUGGAAAACUCAACUUGUGACACAGAUGGCAUGCAUGACAUCUGCAAGUCCUUCCUAUACAGUGCUGCUAAAUUUGACACUCAGGGUAAAGCAUUUGUGAAGGAGAGCCUUAAGUGCAUUGCCAAUGGCAUCACAUCGAAGGCAUUCCCCACCAUCCGCCGCUGCUCCACCUUCCAAAGAAUGAUCUCCGAAGUCCAGGAGGAGUGCUACAGCAAGCUGGAUAUCUGCACUGUUGCCCGAUCGAAUCCAGACGCUAUUGGAGAAGUGGCACAGCUACCAAGUCACUUCCCCAAUAGGUUUUAUGGUAAGCUGCUACAGAGCCUGAUGGACUGUGAUGAGGACACAGUGGAGCGCGUUAGGACCAGCAUGGUGUCGCGGCUGGGCCCAGAGAUGACCAUGCUUAUUCAGCUGCUGCAGAACAAGCCCUGCCCAUCCACUGCUGUGGCUGCAGCUGCCGCCAUCCCAACUGGAGUGGAGAGCCGUGGGAGCUGGCGCUGGUCCAUGGGUCCCCAUAUGUACAAGACCCAGCCUAAUCUGCGAAACAGAGACUCUGCCAGUCAUUUUGGCAAAAAACGCUCUGCCAGUGACAACUCCUAACUCAGAUUCAGAAAUUCCACACACUCCUCAAAACUUCAUGAAAGCUCCUCUAUUCCCUCGGGGUGUUAAAGUCCAUUCCUCCGCUUAGACUGGAAGUUACAGAAACGUGCACCUCUAGGGAAUGCCGGAGCGCCCAUAGAGUUGAUAUCAGAGUUUGAUUGUUGUUAUAUUGUAUAUCCUACACUUUAGGCUUGAGAGAAAUCCCCUUUCCAUCGAGUCCGCUCACAGUUUAGUGUUGAACAUGUGGCUGUUGCAUCUGUGCGACAUGGUCCUCUUCACCUCCUCCAACAGAGAUGAACCCUUAACAAGUCUUUUGAUGCAAAGCCACAACAAAAAAAAAAGAUAAGAAAAGAACAGCCAUAGUGGUUCACACCUCUAGUGCACAAAUCCAUACUUUAAAAAGACAAACAUUUCAUAAUCCCGACAUUUAUUCAUGAAUAGAGAUCUGUAGUUGGAUUAUUAGUAGUUCAUUUAUAGGAAUGGGGAGUUAUUGGUAGAUGUAUCUAAAUAUUUCAGCAGUGAGGCCAGUCAAAUUGUGAGCAUGAGAUGUGGAAAUUAGUUUCAUAUCUAUUUUCUGACUAACAUAACAAUGAAAAUGUACUGUAAGUUAUCUGAGACAGCCAUAGCUAGCCCUCUAAAAGAGCGUGUUCAUACGGAGUGAGGUCUGUAGAGGUUUUAAUGAUAACCUUAAACUGACCAAAAAACUUCUAACUGCCCUGAAUGCUAUUCAUGAAAAACCAAAAUAGUAUCUUAUAAUUUUUUUCUGAUGGCGGAUGCAGCCAUGUGUUUCAAAUCAUCAUCCUGCACAUGUCCAGGUCGAGGCCAAGUCUAACUGUCAGAAAAAAAUCCAUUGUGUAUAUCUAGUAUCCACUUGUAAUGCAUAUGACUGUUGAGAUAUAUAUGGGACCAUGUUUAGAGGAAUCUGUAUCCAUGUUCUGAACUGAGCGUGAAGCAGGUGUGUAUGUGCAGUAGCUGAUUAGCGACUUCACCGAUGAGAGAGCAGCCAUCUUCUUAGACUGAUGAUUCUCUGAGGUGAAUACCCUGACAUACACACUGACUUCCAGUGUCAAGAUUAAGAGUGUAUAUUUAAAACAAAAAAUAAGCCUUGUUGGAUGAUAUUUAUUUUCCUACUAUAUUAUUUAAUUGCAUUAUUUUAGUUUUACUUAGUUUACAGAUUUAAAAAUAAAAAGCAGUUCAGUCAUGGCUCCUAUUUGAACAUGAGCUCUAUGCCAAAAAGAGAAGUGAGCUGACACUCUGGUGACUGAAUGGGACCCAUGUCAUGACUCUGUGCUGGCCAUAGGGGAACAAUGUUGGCCAUUCAAGUCAGGGGAUCUACUUAAUGGGUGUUAUAAGGGACCACAACAAAACCAUAGCUUCAUUUUGACACAUUUUCUGGUUGAAAAAAAAAAAAAGUCGCCAUUGCAGCUGCUAUUGAGGAGUAACCAGGUAGAAUCACAGUAAAACAAACACCAGCAUUAAGUCUUUUGAUUGUUACGCCCUAGUUUGCGGUGCUUCUCUUCGCAUUUUUUUCCUGUUAUUAUUUAUUUUUGUAUUUAAUUGUAUUAAUGUGUAUGUUCUGUUAUUAUAGAGUAGAGACAGAUAUGGGAAAGAUGCAAGAGAAAUAGUCGCAUGCAUGAUAGGAAUACAUACUGUGGUGUCUGUAUCUACUUUAGCUCUUGGUCAAGAAGCUUUUAAAGCCCCUGGACCCUUGGUUUCUAACAACACAACAUAAAAUAUGCAGAGCUAAGUAGGCGAAGCUAACAUUAAAAAAAUGUUCCUAAGUCCACUUUUGCAGCACAAAUUAUCACAUGUUUGUGGUACAGUGUUAUCGGUUCAAAUGACAGAAACAAGAAGUUUAUGUUAGUGGUAGACUCUAUCCAAUUGGCAAGUCUCAUACAAAAACAUCACAUGAAAGCUGGACAUUUUCUCAGAUAAUACUGCAUGUUUCAUGGCAUUCAGAGACUGAGACAAUCACUCCGAAUCAGUAGAUCAGAUCAGAGCCACAGUCACUUUAUGCUGGUGUUUGUUUUAUCUGUACCUGGUAGAAAGAUGGGGUUUUUGAGCCACAAUGUCAUUAAAACGUUCAAUGGUUAAUGUUAGUUUUUGUUUGGCAGCAAAUUGCAAAUGUUCGUGCACAUUGAAAAUGCAAUGUAGAGAUUUAUGUGAAAACCAGGGCUGGGUUUAGUUCACUCUGAAAACACCCAUUCUUCAAAGUUUAAAACCUUGAAAAUAGUUGUAUAACAAAAUGAUGUAAUAAAGAUUUUAUUUCAGAAAAUAAUUCCUACAUUGUCCUUGACAAUAAGAGUGCAGCGCAGACCAGAAACAGAGAUGCCAGUGUCAAAGUAAAAGCUAUGUUAAGAACUCCAAACUAUGCAAUAAUCUCACAUACAAAGGAUUCACAGCAACACAGAAAUGGUCCUUUAUUUCAUUCAGUGCAAGCUUAUGCUGUCUGAAUAAAGCAUCAGUGUGUGUGCGUUCAUGCUGCACUCACAGUGUGAAGGCAUUGCUCCUCUAUAUUACUUUCCGUUUCUGUGUUUUUUGUAAAGUGGGGUUUCUUUUUUUGUUCUGUGAAUAUGAGCAUUUAUUUUUGUGUCAUUUGGUGCAAAAGGAGCGCAGUUCUGAAGGAAUCACUUGGGAGGUUAAGAGCUAUCGUCACACUGUUGUAUAUCCUAGCUUAAUAUUUUAUGUUAAAUAUGCACUUUGCAUCUUAACCACUAUAAAGGGCAUUGAAACAUUCAGCACAUGUGCCAUGGAGACAUGUUUUAUUUUCCCAGUGUAUGAAAAUCGGUUAUAUUUUGCAUCCUGAAGGGUCAGGGCUUCUACAUGUACUAUUGAUACAUAUGUCUGUAUCUUUGUUGUCCAUGGGUAAAUCCGAAACCCAACAGCUGCUGCUAAACUGUUUCUCUGUCUGAGUCUGUCCAGAUGCCCGCUCUGGUUUGUCAACACACAGCUCAGCAUCAGUCCACACUCACAUUCAAGCAUUUGAUUGUCUAUCCGUGUCUUCAUAUAUAUUUUUUUUUAUGAACUUUCCUCGUGUCAAAUAUGUUUGGCAAGAGCAAAUUGACUGUUUCCUCACCAGGUUAAAUGUAAUGGUAAUUUCAGAGAAUGUACCUGUAUACUGAAUGUCUGCUUCGACGAGGACAUGCCCGAGUUAGGUGACCCGUGAAGGCUGUUAGGAAAAACUAAAAGAGAGAAAAGUGUAUUAGUUGCGUUUUUAGAUUUUAAUUCAAGUAAAGGGUGCUUAAGGUGGUAUUGGAGCAUUAUUAAAUUCGACCCAUGGUGAGUUUUGUGAAACUGUUUUCCUGUCAACACUAGAGUCUCCUUCGCUUCUAACACGUCAUGGUACUCUUUCCUCUCAAGACUUGAAAUAGAUAAAUGUCGUGCUAAAACUAAAUCACAAAGCUUCAGUGACUAGUAAAGUUUAUUUUGUAUUCAUAUAUAUAUAUAUAUAUAUAAGUGACAGUUAUUUUACUAUCAGAUUAAAAAGCAUAUAGAGGAUUUAAGGAUGUUACUGAAGUUCCUGAUACAGAUGCUAUGUAACGCAUGAUUGACCCUUGUGAAUCACUUGCACUUUAAAAUAUACCCAUAUACAUAUAUACCCAUACUGUGUAUAUGUUUGGGUUUUUCCUCUGUACUGAAAAGUCAUGAAAGAUACAAAUGCAUCAAUUGUGUGUCUUUUGCUGAUCAGAAAUAAAAUAUUUAUCAUAUCUGG